GUUGUAUUUGCUUUCUCUGGGCGCUGUCUUAGUAAACACAACAGAGUUCCGGUGAAUAUCAAAUUUCUGCCUCUUCGCCUGGUAACCGAUGAAUUUCGUCGAUAACUUAAACAAAUGGACGAGUAGGGUGGAUAUGGACUACGGGAACAAACUGAACCAGGCUCUCUCCUCUAGCACUAAAUUUCUGCCCACAGCAGGACUGCGCGGUGCUGGGCCGUUUCAGCACUACGGCCGGCCCCUGGGCCACGGCGUGAAAGUCAAAGAGGAAGACGAGAGUGUGGAGGAUUUCUUCCAUUUCGCUCAGCAUCUUCAGCAGCAAACAGGCGAGUGUCUCACAGCGUGCUGCGGUGGAGCAAAUCCUAAAAGUAUACCCCUCACUACCACUCUAAGUACCUCACUUACUGCCUCUCUCACUUCCCCUCUGAAUACCCCUCUCAGUAGCCCACCACCCAAACCGAGCAGCCAGCCUUCAGCCGAGCGGCCGUACCACUGUCAGGACUGUGGCAAGUAUUUCAGAAUCAGCGACAUUAAGCGCCAUCAGCGAAUCCACAGCGGAGAGAGACCAUUCCCUUGCUUCCAGUGCGGUAAGAACUUCCCCACGUCGGGCGAUCUCAAAAGGCACGAGAGGAUCCACACGGGUGAGCGGCCGUACCACUGUCUGCAGUGCGGCAAGAAUUUCUCUGACUCGGGUCACCUUAAGCAGCACGAGAGGAUGCACACGGGCGAGCGGCCUUACCAGUGCCCGCAGUGCGCCAAGCGCUUCUACAGAUCAGGCGACCUCAAGAGGCAUCUCCGCAUCCACAGCGGCGAGCGGCCUUACAAGUGCCCACAGUGUGAAAAGACCUUCUCCGAUUCUGGUCACUUGCGGGGCCACCAGCGCAUCCACACGGGAGAGCGGCCUCACCGCUGCACGCUGUGUGAGAAGAGCUUCUUCAGAUCGGGAGACCUGAAGCGUCACCACCGGACACACACAGGAGAGAGGCCGUACCAGUGCUACCAGUGCGGGAAGAGCUUCUCCGAAUCGGGUCACCUGAAAGAGCACCGGCGGAUUCACACCGGAGAAAAACCCUACCACUGCAACCAGUGCGACAAGAGCUUCUCACGCCUGGAGCGACUGAAGGGCCACCAGAGCAUCCACACGGGCGAGAGGCCCUUUCACUGCGCCCAGUGCGGCAAGAACUUCUUCAGAUCCGGUGAGCUCAAGAGGCACCAGAGGAUCCAUAAUGGAGAGAGGGCAUGAAAUUGCUUCUUAGAGCAUUAGGGCCAGGUUUUUAGGUCUCUGUUUUUUCAGGGUGUUUAUUUUAUUUUUGCUUUCCUGCUUGUGGCCAAUCUGACUGCUAAUCUCUUCAUGUGGCAGAAUAGUUUCUGCUGUGCGAAAUGAAUAAUUCCAGAGGGGCUGUGUUAGUCACCGGGGAGAGAAAGGUUCACACGUACAUUUUGGCUAUUGAGAAGGAGGUUCGGCUAACAGAUUUUAGUUCUUACUCCCAGAUAAUAACAGAGAGGACAUUUACCUGGCCCGUGACAUUCCCUCUUAAAUAAAAAUUCAAGCAUUAGGGACUCCUACUAGGAUGUUUAUUCUAUUUUUAAACAAAAAUAAAAUAUUGUAGAGCCUCCCUGCAUGUUAAAGGUUCCUUGGAUGGCUUACUUAGUGAUCCAACCCCUGACCCAUUCCAGAUCAUUUUCUUAAAUCACUACCUCCACAUAUCUUCAUUUGCAGUUAAACACAGACAGAGAACAGCCUGUUGAAAUAUUCCCUGUUACAAUCUGCUCUAAGUUUAAAGGAAUGAUUCAGCAAAAACAUAUUUGCACAUUUAUUCCCCUUACCCCAAAUGUCACCUGGUGUUGGCUUCUUUAGUUUGGCACUGGACUGUAAUGUAGCUAAAGGCUGAUUUAUACUUGCUGUUAACUGCGCGUACGUGUACGCAAGAUGGCCGCUGCGCAUAUCCUGCGGUCAUUUGGCGCAUCGCUCGUGCAUGUCCUCAGAAAUUAAUGUGACGCAUUCGUGUGGUGCAAUACCAUUGUAAAUAGUGGAGGCAGUAUAGCACCAUGUGAUACUGUCUGCAACUGACUAAACAAACUAGUAGACCAUUGUAAUGUAGGCUACCGACACUAAUGCUUUUCCUAUUACAGUUAAUGUUUGAAUUUUAAAAACCUACCAAAAGGGCUGUUUUGAAUACCAGUUUUCUGGAUUUUCUAGAUUAGCAAAUACUUUUCAAUGUACGGUGAGGGUUUUUGAUUUGAGACGCAGCUCAUGACAAUAAUCACACCCAUGACAGAAAGUUUAAAGAGACAGAGUGUUUAACAUCACAGUGCAUGAAAUCACUGAACAUUACAGUUCGACUUGGAAACCAGGGAUGUUUCGGCUCUGACGUGCCAUCAGUUGGACGCCACUUUUAAUUCUCCAGAUGUAAAUCAGAUAAGCAAGCAAGACUGUGAACAAUGCCGCUCACGUAGCAGCUGCAUGUGCGCACGUACGCGUGGGGAAAGUGAAGUAUAUCUGUGCCUUAACGAGUAUUUGAAAUCUUCCCUGCUCUUUUACAAAAUAAUUUUGGUUUCCUCCCCCCCACACAAAAACAUACCAGCAACCCUAAAUUGCCCCCAGGUGUAAAUGUGUGUGUGCAUGGUGCCCUACGAUGGACUAGUGUCUCAUCCAAGGUGUAUUCCUGCCUCAUGUCCAGGAUAGGCUCUGGAUCCACCAUGGUCCUGACCAGGAUGAAAUGGUUACUAAAGAGGAAUGACUGAUCAAUUAAUUUAUUUAAAAAUGGGAUUAUGUUUUGUACUGCUUUGAUUGGAGUAAGUACAUAUAAAAAAUUUAGGCCUAAAUAUAUGGGAAAAGAUUUUGAGUGAGACUUCUAUUGCUUAUGAACAUUAUCUCCACAAAACUAAAGAAGCAUAUCAGACAAAAAAUAUGCCUUGUCUAACGGACAACAUUUGGAGUAAUGGUGGGAAAACUCUGUGAAGUAGAUUUUUUUUGUUCUCCCUGAACUAUUCCUAGUAUCUUUUUCUUUUUUUUUUUUUUUUUCUGCCGCACCAAUGGAACUCCAUAUUUCCAACUCCGUUACAAAGUAUGUAUUGUACAGUACAAUAUUUGUAUAUUGUAGCAAGGUAUAACGUCAAGUGAAAGAUCCUGUAGAACUGUAUAUUAAAAAGAUGUGUAUGCUUACAUUCUUUGUAUUUGCAAUAUUUUUUUAAUUUUUGCUCUAUUUUUUACAAGUUUGUGCUGUAUACAUUUGUUACGGUGCAGAGACGGUCAACUCAGCAUGUGAUUUGAACACGUACAUGACCCUGACCUGACAAUGGACUAGAGCUUUUUGCAAAUUGUCUUAUCUCUCUCUCUCUUUUUUUUUUUUCUUUUUCUCUUUCUUUUCUCAUCUUUGUUGUAUCACUGUAUGUAACAGCACACAAUGAACUUGUGAUUGCUUCAUGCCACUGUUGUGGCACUGUAAAAUGCUACUGUACUCAUCAUGUAAACAACACAUGGGGAAACAUUCUUUGUUAGCCAUGACGCUCUUGAGUUGUCAGUGUAUUAGUUAUUAGAUUGGUAGAGCUAAUAAACAAACAACUCUGAGUAUAUGCUGAAGGUGUGUACACUGAGUUGCUAGUUGUGUAGGUGUACUAGUCUAGUAACAAAUUCACUGGCAACUCGGUGUAAGUUGUCACCACUAUGUUGGAAGUAGUGUGUACCAGGUUAGAGUGUAAGACGUCUGUUGUGGAAACACAGUUUAUGAUUCAGUUACUUAGGAUCUGCACUUUUAGGUAAUGUAUUAAUCAAAUCUUUUACAAAUCAUAUGAAUUAGAUUUAGUGUCUUAACUACAUUUUUGUUAAAACCAUGUUGUUUUCCAUACUGAUGUCUCUUUUUUUUUUUUUUUUUUUUUUUUUUUUUUUAAAACCAUAUGUAUCUAUUUAACCAUUGGGUGUGUUUAGUUUUAUAGGCUUUGAUUCAAUCAGAAUUAUGACCUUCAAUUUCUUAAAAAAAAAAAAAAAAUCAUGAUAAUAAAUAAACUGAAAUGCCCAGUAUUUCUAAAAAGUAAAAAGACCAAAAUAUAUGGGUACAAUGGUAGUAUUUAAUACGUCUUUCUGAUUGAAUCCAGGCUGUAGAGUAGGUGUGGGAUUUACAAACCCUGGGAUGCCUUUUCUUUUGCCUGUGCAUGAGUGUUUUCUUUAUAUGUUAAUGUAAUUAUCCCUUAUUUGCACAAAAUAAAUACAUAAUCUCUA